ACUCCCUUCCGCAACUGGGAAGCGGGGCGGGGAGCUGUCGCUUUGUAGAAGGUGUUUGUUCUCUCUUUCUCUCUCCAAGUGUUGUAGAGAGGGGGCUGGAACACAAGCUCGGACUCGGCAAGUGUAAACUUGUGGGCGAUCAUCAUGGCGGGUGUGAAGAAAGCCGGCUCCCUGGCAGCUGUCCUCUGCUUCUUUGUAACCCUGGGAAACCUGGUGCACCUCAGCCUAGGGCGAAGCGAGCAAACUCUGGAUGCUACUGGAGUGUUCUACACGUUUAGCCAGAGGUUGUCUUCAGAUAUCUUGACCGGUCUCAAAACCUAUAAUCACCGAUUGAAGCGACAGGAGCCACCCAAAUCAGUGGAUACGAACAGAGCUAGUCCAGAACAGGACUUUGCAGAUCCAACUAAGAUCUUUGACAUUCAACCUGCUGAGGACAAUAGCAAUGAUACAAAAAUUGAGGAAAACACAGACCACAACUACUACACAUCAAGAAUGUAUGGGCCGUCUGAUUCAGAAACCAGGGAACUAUGGGUGAACAUGGAUCAAAUGGAAAAAGACAAAGUGAAGAUUCAUGGGAUCCUUUCUAAUACCCACCGGCAAGCUGCUAGGGUAAAUUUGUCCUUCCACUUUCCAUUUUAUGGCCAUUUCCUGACCGAGAUUACUGUGGCUACUGGCGGAUUUAUCUACACUGGGGAAGUUGUGCACCGUAUGUUAACAGCUACUCAGUACAUCGCACCACUAAUGGCUAAUUUUGACCCAAGUGUGUCUAGGAAUUCAACUGUUCGAUACUUCGACAACGGUACUGCUCUGGUUGUACAGUGGGAUAAUGUCCGCCUACAAGAUAACUACGAUUUAGGGAGCUUCACGUUCCAGGCCACACUGCAUAAUGAUGGACGGAUUGUGUUUGCUUAUAAAGAAAUUCCUGUUCCUGUGAUACAGAUAAACUCAGCGAACCACCCAGUCAAAGUGGGGCUGUCAGAUGCAUUUGUAGUCGUCCACAAGAUCCAACAGAUUCCCAAUGUUCGCAGAAGAACAAUUUAUGAAUACCAUCGAGUUGAAUUGCAGAUGUCAAAAGUCACCAAUGCGUCCGCUGUUGAAAUGGUCCCUCUCGCCACUUGUCUCCAGUACAAAAGCUGCUCUGCCUGUAUCAAUGCACAGAUUGGCUUCAACUGCACAUGGUGUGACAAGCUCCAGAGGUGUUCCAGUGGAUUUGAUCGGCAUCGGCAGGAUUGGGUUGAUAACAGCUGUCCUGAUGAGUCUAAAGAUAAGACAUGUGACAUCAAGCCUGGAGAGGUGACUCAAGAUGCUUCAUCUACAACAACGAAUGUUGCAACAUCAGCUACAAAACCUAGAAUCUCAAGCACCACAUCCACAAUUGCUUUCACAUUUGCUGUUCCUACUUCCAGCCUAACCACCGAAGAUGAUACAAAGAUUGCAAUGCACCUGAGGGACAAUGGAGCUUCCACAGCUGACAGCACUGCUGAGAAGAGAGGUGACUCAGUUCACACUGGCCUGAUCGUGGGGAUACUCCUGGUCAUCAUCAUUGUUAUAGCAGGAGUGCUCGUGACAUUUUACAUGUACCACCACCCAACAUCAGCAGCAAGUCUCUUCUUCCUUGAGCGCCGCCCCAGUAGAUGGCCUGCAAUGAAGUUCAGACGUGGCUCUGGUCAUCCUGCUUAUGCCGAAGUGGAGCCAGUUGGGCAGGAGAAAGAAGGUUUUAUUGUGUCUGAACAGUGCUGAAACUGAGCGAAAAUAAAGUAGUGCACCAGUACUGGCCUACAGGUGUGGGAUUUAUGCUCUGAAAUGAAUAAAGAAGCAAGUUCAAACCCACUUUCCAUGAAAUACCCACUUCUGGAUCAGGUCAAAGUAAGAAAGAUACACAUUUUCAUCUACAAGAUCACCACUCCAUAAUCUUCCUUAGUAGCCCUGCAGAAAUCAUCAAUUUGUCAAAAAGAACUUAUGAUCCCUUUCGGAUAACUGUUGUGGAAUUGAAUGAGCAUUAGUGAUGCAAACAAGCCGCAAAACUAAAGAAUCAAGUUCAUUCCAUCUUUACUGGUUCAAGUAAACCUCAACAAGUAAGAGUGGAAAAGAAAUCAAUUAUCCAUGUUACCAUGGUUAAAAAUGCAGGAAAAUUGCUUACAGCAUGCUUUUAGCCGAUCAUCAAUCAGAUAAAGUAAUGGAUAGAUUCACUCUCUUCAGCAUUUACUUUGAUUCUUUAAAAGUGUAUACGUUAAAAAAAAUCACUGACAUCAGUUGAGGGAAAUGUAGUUAACGUGUACGUUUUCUUAAUGAGGAUAUUUUUGAAUUCAUCUGAGGUUUUGAGUGAUUAUGAAUCAUUACAAAUGGAUUUCUUUCCUGUAGAUGAGCUAUAAUAUGGUAAAAUUUCAUGUCUCAAUUGUCAAGAUUCAGUUGCGUAAGGCUUGGGAGGCAACUGAAGACAAUUGAUGUGUUAUUUUAAAAAAGGAAAGUUUGCAAAUAAGCAAUUCUGACUUUUUUUGAUAAAUUUGAUUUAUUUCCCUCGGUGACUUCUGACAGUCCUGAUGUAAACCUUUUAAGUUAACAAGAAAAUCUCCAAAUUAUUAUGCACAAGAUUCGAUUAGUUUCAAAUUGCUGAGGGAUUGAUACCCUCUGUGUUGCAAAUUGUGCAAUGUAUCAUCUUUUGGCUUGAAAAGUAGUGAGACUGCAAAGGUUUAAAUACUCCCUUACUAGAAACCAAAUGCUGGGAAUAUUUGCAUAUUCAAUUAGUUCUGUUGUGUAGUGGACACAUUGGUUAAAUAGAUGAAUAUAUUUUGUUUCUUGAUAGCUUACACAAGACAGGUUCUUGUGUCUCCAGAUUGUGAUGAAAUGUUAUAGUGUAUUUUUACCAUCCAGAAGAGGCGUGUAACAUGAAUUAUCACAGACAUAAAAUGGGUUGUAAAGUAGUAAUUAAGACUGAGUACUGUUUAACAAUAGAAAGUAGCUUCGAGGAGAGCAAAGAACACGCACUUUUGACUGUCUUCACUGAAAUGAAUUGUUUUCUUUUGAGCUUUCUUUGUGAUGUGAAACCAGGCUGUUUGUAAAUUCAGGUAAGUAUUUUUCUUCAAUAAAAUUCUGUGAAAUAAAUCUUCCAGUCUUAGACGUAAAGGCACUUGCUAUUGUUAUUAAGUAUUGAAAAUGGCAGAUUCAGGUCUAAUUACAGAUUAUUGACUUCUUUCCAUUUGCCAACAAUGCAGUCAGUGAAUACUGCAGAUUUGUAAUCUUACACUUCAAACAAUAGUGUCAGAGGUUUCACUCACUGUGAGUUCAACCUUGCUGGGAACGGAUUUUGAUUUUGAUGAGCAUUCUACAUACGGUUAUCAAUUAGUGUUAAGACAGCUCGUUCAUUGGUUUUGAUCUGGAGCUAUCUCGAGAAACAAUUUGAAAUAUUUCAUUAAACUUUAUCCUAAUGUAUCAGAUAAAUAUUGAAACUCAUUUGCAGGCAAUGAUGACCCCCUGAUAAAAACUGGCUCCUUGAGUGGAAAAUGGGUAUAGUUGCAUUUUUUUGACUGAAUGAAGUGGACUAAAUGAUCCUGAUGUGAUCCUAAUUUUAGUUCAAUGUUCGCUAAGGCCAUAGAAACAGGAGCAAAAGUAGACUUUUUGGCCCCUCAGGCCUGCUCUGCCAUUCAAUAGGAUCAUCGCUGAUCUGACAUUAUUCACAUCCACUUUCCUGCCCUUUCCCGCUGCUGGUCAAGAAUGAGCCUUAAAUAUAUAGUACCUCUUGUAAACAUUCAAGUAAUGUCACCAGCUGCAAGCACCAGUGUACAAAAAUGUUGCUGUGUAAUGAAAAGACUCCCAAAAAGACUCCCUCAUCCUCAUCUUGCCAAGGCUCCUUUGACAGUCCUUCAAAGUGGUGAUCUCUACCACCUGGAAAAAACAAAGGCAGCACCUAUGUUAGACCAUCGCCCACAAAUCCCCCCCCAUGCUGUUCCGCAUCCUGACCUGGAACUAAAUUGCCAUUCUUUCACUGCUGCUUUGUGAAAUCCUGGAAUACCUUCCUAAACAGCACAGUAACUGUACCUACACCACAUGGACAUCCAGUUGUUCAAAAGCAUUGCUCACCUUCACCUUUUCAAGGUCAAUUAAAAAUGGACAAUGAUUGCUGGCCUUCUCAGGAGCACUAACAUUCCAUGGAUGAAUAUAAAAGACAUUCAGGUGCAUCAGCAUCAUAUUGUUUCAAAAAGCAAUCUAUAAUUCCAGGGAUUAGAUGCUCUGAACUGAAUGCAGGUGAACAAAAACAAAAAAGCUCAGAACCAAACUUCUCUGGAGAGUUUAAUAAAGUGACUACCCAUAUCAUGAAUGUAUAUUUCUUUUACAGAUACUAGUGGAAUUUCCACAUUUUGUAGUUUCUUACGGUGCAAAAUUUAAUCAGGAAAAACCUGAAUAUAUUUCAUUUGAAACCGUAAGGCUAUAAGAACGUAACAAAUCAGAGUAGGAGUGAACCUGUCAAAGCUGCUUCACCAAACACUAGCUGAUCUUUUGCCUCAAGUGCACUUUUUAAUCUGUUCCCUAUAUCGCUUGAUUGCCUGAGAGACCAGAAGUUUUCUCGGUGAUCCAGCCACAUUUCACUGGUCCUGUCUUCCUUUCGAAAUUGCAAUUCCUUUCCCUAUUCCUCCUCCCAAGAAUAUUGAAACAUGUGAUAUAGGAACAGGAAUAGGCCAUUCAGGCCAUUCAAACAGAUCAUGCUUGUUUUCCUCACUAUAUCCGUAUCCUUUGAGGUUAUUAGUAUGCCAGCAUUUCCCUUUCUGUCAACUCCCAAUUAACAUUUCCACCCAACACUUAUCAUGCCUUCUCAUGCAAGUGCAAUAUGUAAGGUAUGGGGUGGAUUUUACAGAUUAGCCAUAACCUCAAACCGGAAAAUCUGUUAGCACUGUGCCAUCAUAACCUGGUUACCAUGCUGCAAUAAUACACUGUUGGCAACCUUCAUUGGACUGGCAUGACGUCGGCCCCAUUCUGGGAGCACGGCCCCAUCUAGACAGCUGCCAGCUAAUCUGGUUGACUGGCAGAUCUGUAGUCUCUGCAGUACCAUAAUUGAGUAGUGUCCAUUGUUAGGGCGACCGGCAGUCAACAAGGAUGAAUUGUAAUGCAUCCCAGACAUUAGAUAAGUCUAGAGUUUUUGUCAAGUCUACACAGCAGAACCCAGCAGGUCAGGGGUGGUCAGGUUUUAGAGACAGGGACAGUGGAAUAAAGGAGACUAUAAUCUCGGGGGGAUGAUCUUUGAAUGGCAUAGACAACCCCCUAAUAGAGCCCUUCCUCCUCUCCAGCAGCCCACACAGUGAACGCUGCUGGGCUGCCCACCUUGGCUAUGUACUGCUCUGCCACAUGUAAUUUAACAAUACGUGAUCAUCAAUAUGUUCAUGGUCAGGUAGGCUGCUGACACAUUGCUCACCAAUCAUAAUCUGGGAGACAAACCAGGGCUAGGUGAGACAAACUACACAUGUUUUUUACAAAUGCCCUUGCCUUUAAAUAUACUGGCAGAAUACUGUAAACCUCAUCCCUGUUUCAAAAGUUAUUGUUAUUUCUUGUAGACAGCUUUUAGACAAGUAUACACCUACCAAUUAUAGUACAUCAUUAGGUUUAUACUAGAAAUUAUCCUGGAAAAUAGUUUUACCUGUCCAAAUUCCAAUCAUUUUACUGCAUUACAAAGGAAAAUUAGCUGAGCAAGUCUUUUUUGCUUCACUCACUCAUUCUGUUAUCUAGAUCAUUAUAAAUAUCAAGAAAUCCUGACGAAAGAUGAAAGACUUCAAUGAAAAAUGCAUCAGAACAUAUCAAAGCACAUUUUUGAAAAAUGUAUUGCCUGCUGUAAUAGGGAUUUCCUUUGGCUGCCUUUAGCCUUAUUUACUAGAACUACACUCUGGCUUAUUGUUUAUUAGUAGUCAUUUUGCAAUUACAUGUGAAUUAAACUUUUUGCACAAUAAUAGAAGUAAAGUCUUCUUUAUGAAUGGACUAAUUCUAAUUGACCUGAACCUGCAAGUUCAAUACCAUUGUGCCAAGAUUUGCACUAAGUGUGAAAAGAAGUGCUAGAAUUAAACUACCCAAUAUUUGACAUACAGAGGCAUAGGCUUAUGGGGAAAGUUCAUCCAGUACCUUAUAUUGAAGGAUUUAAUGGAUUUCCGUACAAAUUAAUGGAAGCAAGCUGGUCACUAAAACAUUAUUCUGUACUACUGUAUCAUAUCUUACUUAACUUUUGACCUUGUUAUAUUCAAGCCCAACAGUAAAAUCCUUUUAGUUUGAAUGUAUUAAGUGCUUCAAAUUGGCAUAAAUGUGUUCCAGUGCAUCAUUUUCAAUGUUUGACACAUUUCAAUAUUGGAUAGUUUACUAAGGAUUUUUUUUCUAUAAGAUUAUUUUUCUAUAUGCUUGCUCAUUUUGACACAGUAUAAUAUCAUGCAUAUGAAUUGUAAAGCGAAAGGUUAAACAAACAGUAUAUUUUGUGUUGGCCUACAUGUUGAUUGCAUGUAAUUAUCUCACUAAGUGCAGUGACCUGCUCACAAACUUUGUGUUGUCAUUAAUGCAAAUUUGGUGCAAUUUUGAAACCUGUCCAGAACAUUUGUUUUUACAUAAAGUGGGUUUUAAUUUUAGAACAAAAAACUGAAUAUGCUACGCCUUUUAACUAUGAUCAUGAUAAAGAUGAAGAAAUUUCCUGCAGACUUUCACUGGCAAAAAAAUACAAUCAAUGUGGGUCAACAGAAGUAUAUACUGUAUCUUAUGGGAUUUUUCAACUACAUUCUAAGGGGAAAUGUUCUAGUCUCUGUGAGUCACACGGUAAAUCUCACAAUGUAUGGAAAGGAUGGAACUGGGAAUGCUGUUUGGGAGUGGGUGCAUUGUAUCCAAUAGAAUUAGCAUGCUGGCUAAUUUUGCUAGCUUCAGAGUCUUGAGAUCUUCUGCAGUCGCUCUUGACAAUGAUGUUUAAUGUGAGGGUGUCCUACUUAAAUUAGGACAGUCAAAAAAAAUUCACUGUCUGAAAAAAAAAGCAUAGACACCAGUAUGACACACUUUGGUUUGAAUAAAUGAGAUAGUUGAACCCAGAAUAGAUCUGUUAGAGCUUUACUUCAUUUCCAUAUAACUCAAAGGAUAUAACAUGCAUAGGUUGUUUUCUACAAUAAACUGUCAUUUCUAUAAUUUUGA